UUUGUGAAUGAUCCGGUGUCUUCUGGGACACAUGAAAGGUCACAGAAGGCGCCGGGCCAUUCACAAAGCGAAGCGCUUCUUGCACCUGCGCAGUGGGCACCCGGCUGUCACAGAAGCCGGCCCGGGAAGAAGAGGGAAGGCAACUCCGCGGAAGUGGGAGCGGGUACCUGUCAAAUUCAGUCUCUGGUCAUUCCCUGUACUGUCCGCAGUCUCUGGUCAUUCCCUGCACUGUCCGCAGUCUCUGGUCAUUCCCUGCACUGUCCGCAGUCUCUGGUCAUCCCCUGCACUGUGUCCGCAGUUCUCUGGUCAU